CCCCAAAAAAAAAAAUUCGCUCAUACCCUCCACCUCCUCCCUUCUUCUCGCUUCGUCAUCCCCUCCCCUCGAAAUCGAGUCUUCGCAAAACCGUCGUCUCUUCCCGACCCUACUCGGUUUCUCACCUCUCCUCGCAUGGAAUCGACGGCAUGGUUUCCCUCGCAUUGCGGCAUGCCGGCAGACGAUGCGGAUUGACAUCAACCACAAGGAGGGCACUGCUGCCUGCGAGAUCCGGUGCUCAGCAUGAGCGCGGCGUCUCGUCGUCGCUAUGGCGCUCCAUGAGCAGCGCUACCUGGAGACCGGUGUCGGUCUUGGACGAAUGGGUCGUGAGAGAAGCCCGUCCCAUCAGCUUGCGACAGCUUAUGGUUUUCGGCCGGUCCCUCACCGAAUCACGACUUUUGAGCUCUGCAAACUACGUUCGAACUGAGCUGCCGACUCGAAUAGCACAUCGCAUUCGAGAUAUGCAGCAACUGCCCUACGUCGUAGUCACAAAUCCCCACAUAAAAGAGGUCUACGAGCUAUACAACAAUGCGUUCGAGAUGUUUCGCAAGGUCAAAGAGGUCAAGAACCUGGAGGACAACGAGAAGUUCUGCCAGAUCAUCAGCGGCAUGCUCAAGGCUCACCUCACCGUCAUCCCCAAGCUAUCGAUGGGCAUUCUGGAAAGCCGAGGCUGCAUGGAUGCCAAAGAUCUUGACAAGUUCAUGAAUACCGUCUUGAGAUCGAGGAUAUCCCGUAGAGUCAUCGCCGAACAGCAUCUCGCCCUGACGGAAACGUAUCACUCGCCGUGGUUCUCGCCCGGCGCGAAGCUAUCCGAGUCCGAAUUUAUAGGCGAGGUCUUCAUUAAGUGCAUCGCCAAAGACGUCAUCGAGCGCUGCACCCGCGCCGUCGAGAGCCUGGCCCGCUCGACGUAUGGCCAAGAUGUAGAGCUUCCCGAGAUCAAGGUCGAGGGCCACCUCGAGGCAAACUUCCCCUACAUCCUUAGCCACCUCGAGUAUAUCAUUGGCGAGCUGCUGCGCAAUUCCGUCCAGGCAGUCGUAGAGCGGCGGCAGCGCGAUAAUAACAAGAACACCAAGCUCCCACCCAUCGAGGUGACCAUAUGUGAAGCGCAGCAGCACGUCAUUAUUCGCAUAUCCGACCAGGGCGGCGGUAUCCCCAGAGAGGAGCUGCCGUAUCUCUGGUCCUUCAGUAAAGGGCCGCAGAGCCAGCGCCGAUUGGAGAACCUGGGUCGAGUGCCCAAGCUGGCCGCCACCAUGCAGGAGCUCCACGUCUCGGAGGAGCUGGGACGGGCGGACAUGAAGACCCCGAGCCACGGUAGUUCCCUCUCCUCGAUGACCAGCCGGCCGCCCAAUCUGCGGCUGGGCAUGGGGCUUCCCCUGAGCAGAGUCUAUGCCGAGUACUGGGCAGGCAGCCUCGAGCUGCAUAGUCUCGAGGGCUACGGCGUAGACGCAUUCCUCCAGAUAUCAAAGCUGGGCAACAAGAACGAACAACUGACUACCAGGGCCACGAUGGAUGCUGUAUAGUGUAGAAAACCAAAUCAUACUAGGGACGAUGCGGCGUAAAUGUUAUAAGAUACCAGUUGGACGACACUAGGACAUUCAGGGGACAGUUACACACAAACACACAGACACACAAACAGAGAGGUAGCACUUCGUUGCGAACACGAAUGAAACAUUUAGGAUUAUAGACG